UUGAAUAUUAAGAAUGAAUCAAUAGCAAGCAAUAGAAGUCUACAUGGCUAAGUAGGGGAAAACGGUCUAAUCAUAUUUGAUUACUUUAGUUGAUGGUACAGGCUCCAUGAGUUAUGAAUAUGAGACCAUAAUUAAAGCACAUUAGGAUACAUUUUCAGACUUAGGGGAUUAAAAGAUGGAUUAUCAAUGGGAAGAGGCUUUAUACCCUUUUCUUCCUUUUUAAGGUGCUGGAAGCGGAAAUAUUUCUAACACAUUUAAUGUGAUAUUUUAAAAAUUAUUGAGUGGAGGUUACCCCAAAAACAUUACAUUUUUAUUUGUAAGUGAUGGAAGAGAACACUUUGAAAUAAAGGAAGUAUCUGCAUAGAUUGAGAUUAUGAAAGAAAAUUUUUUAAUUUAGUUCAUCUGUGUUGCUGUUGGCGAUUCUUUUCCUGGUUAAAUUAAUAUGACAUUAAGAGAUUAAAUCCACAAUUAGAAUGAAACCUGUCCUCCUGUUUUUAAAGUUGCUAGAAAGCGUCAAUCAGUUGAUGUCUUGUUUAAAGAGUUUAGUGAUAUUUUUAAAACUGUUCGGGGUUUAUUGAAUGUUCAAGAAAAACAUUUUGAAACAAACUAACCUGUGUAUCAAACUUUAAUAUAAGAAAAACCUACAACUCAAGUAGCACCAAAUGAACCUUUUUUUAGAAUGGUUGAUGAAAAAGCAGAACCAAUAAAAUUGGACAAUGAAGUUGUAAAUCCAACAGAUAAGCCAAGUGAUAUAUCAAAACUUAUAACUAUUUCUGUAGAAAAAGAACUCAUCCUUACAGCAAGCGACCCUCAACAUAAUUAUAAGGAAGCAUUUAACAAAAUAGCUGAUUUAGGUUAAAAAAUAUUAGAUUAAACUAAAUUUGAGAAGGAUGAAAAUGAUGAUAUAAAAAAACAAGCUUCAUCUUAAAUCUUUUUAGCAACUAACAUAGCAGAGGGUAAUUUAGAGUUAAAGAAAACUGAGAAAGAGAUGACUGAUCUUCAAAAAGAUAUUAGAGACCCUGUGAAGAUACUCGAUUUCGUUGAAAAAAAUGCUUAAGAAAUUAAUUAAUAAGAAUUGACUGAUGAAAAGGUGAAAAAGAGAAUGCAAAGCUAAUUUAAUAAUACUAAACUUGGAUGUUUUGUAAGAUCAAAAACAACGAAGAAAGAUUUAGAUUUAAUAGAAUCUAUUUGGACAAUUACUGAGGACGGUUUAAAAAAUUAUAAAACAGUUAUUGAAAAGGAUCCAAAUUGCAAUUUAAAUAAGCUAUUGGUUGAUAUAAAGGAAUUGAUAGAUAAACAAUUACUAAAAAUAUUUGAAAAGCAAACAGUUAAUGAAUUACUAGAUAAACAUAUUAGCAUUUUAAGAGAAUUGAAUGAUACACUUAAGGAUAUGGAUAAAUUAAUUAAAAAGUAGAAUAAAGUGAAAGCAAAUGAAGUAAUAUCAUUUAUAAAUUUUCGUGCAAAACCAGUUUCUGAAAAUAAUAUCAAUUAAACUGGGGCUAUUUUUGAUUAAACAGAUGAAUUUGAAUAUUUACCUAAAUCAAUAUAGACAAUAUUAAGAGACGAUGAAGAGGAAUUAGAAAGAAUGGUUUUGUUUGUACUUGAUGAGAAUGAUAGUAUGGUCAAUGAAAUUUAAGCUGCAAAAUCCAAAUAUGCUUAAGUAUUUUCAAAGUUGCCCGAAACUCACAAAUUAGGAGUUUGUUGGAGAAAUUAAAAAUUCUCAUUCUUAGAAAAUAAUUAAUAACAAUUUGAUACCCUGUAUAAACUAGUAGAAACUUAAUAACAGGCUUAUGAUCUUAAAAAUAGGUGUAUUUAUCUAUGUCUUGUCAGUGAUGGCAAAACAGAUUAUGUUUCAUUACAUAAAGCAAUUAAAGAAAUUAAAUAGAAAUAGUAUCUGAUAAAAUUAAUUUAUGUUGCUGUUGGAAGCCAGCUCAAAACUCAUUUAGAAGAUGUGAUUCUAUCAAAAUUCAGAAACAGGGAAGUCAAAGGCAAGCCAAUAAUUAAAGUAAUCCCAAGGACAAUAGCAAAUAAAUUUGAAACCGACUCAUAAUUAAAAAAAUCAACCACAGUGCCAAAACUAGAUGAACAAUUUAUAAAAGUUUACGAUGAUAUCUUAGACCUCGUUGUGAAAGAAAGGAAUCCAGCAAUAAAGAAUAAUUAAUAUUGAUCAUCUAAACUUAAUUCAUUUUUAUACAAAAU